AUGCCACCAGCACCAGCAACUGCUUCGAAAGGAGCCAAGAAGGCUUCCAAGGCCAAGACCUCUCGCCCUGCCGGGGACAAGAAACGUAAGAAGAAGAGGAAGGAAAGUUAUUCCAUCUACAUCUACAAAGUGAUGAAGCAAGUCCACCCGGACACUGGCAUCUCCAGCAAAGCUAUGUCCAUCAUGAACAGUUUUGUCAACGAUCUGUUCGAAAGAAUAGCUUCUGAAUCCAGCCGCUUGGCUCACUACAACAAACGUUCGACCAUCAGUAGCCGUGAGGUGCAGACUGCUGUCCGUCUUCUCCUUCCUGGUGAGUUGGCCAAACACGCCGUCUCUGAGGGUACCAAGGCCGUCACCAAAUACACUAGCAGCAAAUAAACCUGCUUCGUUUCUCUUCAUCGAAGAAUAACGGUCCUUUUCAGGGCCACCCACAUUCUCAUGAAAGUUAAUUCAAAUUUUCUGCCGAUUUGCGAUCCAUGUUUUU